UUGAUUGUUGAUUUUGAAGUUGAUAAAAUAAAAAAUUGAAGUUGAAUUUUGAGUUUUUGAGUUGUUUCUUAUGUGAUAGUGAUGGUAAAAUCACGUAAAAUGAAUUAAGUUUAAUCAAAAAAUGGAAGUAAUAAAACAAGAAAUCAAUGAGGGGACCUGUGAAGUAGAAAUAGAGAAUAAUGAAUUGGAUGAUGCUCUUUUGGAUAGCUUCAAAUGUGAAAUUAAGGAAGAAUCUACUCUAGAAAGUAGAGAUGAUACUUUUGAUUGUUUAGCCUGGAAGGAAUUUCCCAUAAAGACUGAAAUAGAACAAGAUGGAAGUAAAGUUAACUGUUCUAAAGAAGAACAAAAAACCAUGGAAGGUUUUACUCAAGAGGAAGACCAAAUGGAAAUUAUAGAAACAUCUUGUGAAUAUUCAUCCCAUAAAGGAGACUAUACAAGUGAACACGUCGGAGGAAAAACUGUAGAUAAAAAAAAAGUUCAGAGCAGACAGCGGCCUUAUAAAUGUCAAAUAUGUUUAAAGCCGUUUAGUAAACCAUCGAAGUUGAAAAAUCAUGUGAGGGUGCAUACUGGAGAAAAACCUCACAAGUGUGAAAUUUGUUUUAAGCAGUUUAGCGAAACAGGUAAUUUAAAAAAACAUUUGAUAGUGCACACAGGAGAAAAACCUUAUAAGUGUGAAAUUUGUUUGAAGCAGUUUUCUCGAUCAGAUCAUUGGAAAACUCAUUUGAGAAGGCACACUGGAGAAUAUCUUUACACGUGCGAAAUUUGUUUUAAGCAGUUUAAUGAAGUAAGUACGUUGAAAACACAUUUGAUAGUGCACGCUGAAAAGAAACCUUACAAAUGUGAAAUUUGUCUUAAGGAGUUUAGCCAAAUGGGUAAUUUGAAAACUCAUUUGAAGGUGCACACUGCAAAAAAGCCGUAUAAGUGUGAAGUUUGUUUUAAGAAUUUUAGGGAAGCAGGUGUUUUAAAAAAACAUUUGUUAGCGCACGCUGGACAAAAACCUUACAAGUGUGAAAUUUGUUUUAAGCAGUUUUCUCAUCCAGGUUUUAUGAAAAAUCAUUUAAGAACGCACACUGGGGAAAAACCUUACCAGUGUGAAAUUUGUUUUAAAAAAUUUAAUCAAGCGAGUAAUUUGAAAACUCAUUUGAAAGUUCACAAUGCAGAAAAACCUUAAGCUGGCUACACAUUAUAGGGGAGUGCUUAUAGAUUUUCACUUCGGAAAAAAUCAAACAAGAUGGAACUUUUAGUAAUUUCAUUAAGAAAUAUUUAAUAAACAACAUAUCAAAAAGUUCUACUCGAGAAGUGGGUGCUUCAUUUUUUAUUAAACAAAUGAACUACGAAAUUAGAUGUUUUUUUAAAUAACUCCGAAAAUAUAAAUUUUAUAAAAAAACUGACUUGACCAUUGAAAAAUUUAGAAAAUUUUACAAAAAAAAACCUUAUAUAAAGAAUUUUCUAAAAUUAAAUCUGUAUCUUCUAUAAUUUUUUAUUUAUAACGCUAAAGUCACCCUUCUCACAAACAUUGGCGCACUGUAAACUAACGUACGGCGAAGUGCACGUUGAGUUAUUUUAAUGUAAUUCUUUAACUAAUGGAUCAAAUGAAAUUUUACAAAUUGAACAUGAAAGAAGAAAAAUUAAGCUAUCUUAUGGUUAUAAUAGAAAGAAAUAAAAUGUAUGGGCAUUAGUACGGUGUGGGCGGAAAGUGAGUCUUACAUGAAUUGUGAUGUUGGGGGUUGCUGGACGAAGACACUAUCCCGAACAAACAAACUUAAACUUUUUACAUAACUUUAUUCUUACAAGGUUAAAGGUACAAUUACAACUACGUCGACCGACAUUAUCGUUAGGAUAGGUCAAGGUGACCCAUAUCUCGGUAACUAUAUCCCCUGACUACGCGCCAGCAGAGUUCAGCGAACACACUGAUCCAACAACGAUGUCUCAGGUACUCGACCUUCCCACUUAUAUCUAUUAUAUUAAAAACAAUGCCCAUAUGUAUUACCAUAUAUGGUUAUGCUAUACGUAUUUCAAUAAUGACGUGUGCUUUGUUUGCAGUCUUGCGAAUGAGUUGAAUACUUUGAACUUUGCUACUGUCGUAAUAAAUUAUACAAAUUGCAACUAUAAUAUUGACCUUAUUCUUAUAACAAGUAAAUUAGGAAAAUUCCGUGAGGGUUGUCGUGUACCAUCACAGAAUUUUGUUUAAAAAUGAUUUAAAAAUGUGUAGCUAAUACAAUUUUUCUUAUAAAACUCUCAAUAUUGCACACCUCACCUUUCAAUCAUCUUACUAAAUGAUGCUUCAUUCAAAAAAAAAUCUCAAAAAUUUAAUUCAAAUGACGUCUCAAAAAAUGUAAUUUUUGAAAUCUUCGUAGUUUUAUAGAAUUACCACCACUUUAAGACGGUAUUACUCAAGUUUGAGCAGAUCUAUUACAGUUUUAUAAGUGCUUUUUUAAAUUUUAGGAUGUAAUCUUUAAAAUGCACUAAAUUAUUUUACUUUAGAAAUGAAAUAAACUAUUUCUUUUUAUGAAAAUUAAGAAAGAUGACAAAAAUGUAAUACAAAAACCGAAAAUUACCAGCUAAAAAAUGUUUAUACAAAGUGAUCAAAACUUUUUUCUGUAAAACUUACCUAAAAUACAUUUAAUAAUAAGCUUCAACAAUAAUAAAUGUUCAGCAAAAAAAAUUUUUUUAGCUCUUAUACAGUAUAUCUGCGUAAAUUGGAACCUAUUGAUAACUUUUUUGUUAUCAGUUUUACGAAAAAAAGUUAUUCUUUAUAAAAUACUCUGCAUCGCAUAUAAUCUUAGAUGCAAAUAUCAAAUUGAAUUAAUGUUAUACGAGGUAUGUCAAAAAAUAUGAAUUUCACUCAAGGGUAAAGUACCUUUACAUUUCACAAUAUUGAAAAUUGUUAUUAAGAAAAGUUGUUUGGAAUUAAAAAUUUGUUUUAGUGUUCGAUUACAUAUUUCUAAUUUAAAUAUUGUGAAUAAUAAAGGCACUUAACUCUUAAGAAAAAUUCAUAUUUUUACAUACCUCGUAUAAAAUUAAAAACGUUUAAUAUCUGAUGGUUGUAUCUUAGAUUUUAGACCAGGGAGAGCAUUUUAUGAAGAAUAACUUUUUUUCGUAAAAGUGAUAAUAAAAUAGUUAUCAUAAUUGUAAUAAAAUGAUGAUGAGUAUCCGUAAUUUGAGAAAGAAUUGAAAAAUUUUUUCAGUUAGAAUAAUGUAAUUGUAUAUUUAGACAUAAUUUCUAAUUUCAAACAACUUGUCAUAAUAGCAUUUUUUGAUAUUCUGGGAUAUACAGGGUGUCCCAGACUAAUUUAGCCACGCUAUAUCUCUUAAACAAAGAGAGAUUUUCGAAUGGGACAGAAAGCGAUAUGUUCUACUUGUAAUACACUUUAAUAUGGCGUACAAAAUAAUCAUCCCCUAAAUAUUCAUCCUUUAGUUACAACCCCUAACUUUAAUUUUUUUAAUAGCACCCUGUAUAUUUUUUUAUAGUUUUGGAUGUGGUCUUUUAUCGUCUAUUCAACACAUUUUUGAAAAAAAAAUCGGUUCGUAAAUAACCAAGAAACUAUCAGUUUAUUUUUGUUAAUUGUGUGUCCCAGACUAAUUUCUCCAGGCUAUACUUCUUAAACGAAUAGAGAUUUUCGAAUGGAACAAAAACUGAUCUAUUCCAUUUGUAAUACACUUUCAUAUGGCAUAGAAAAAAUUCAUCCCCUAAAUAUUCAUCCCUACAGGGUGCUAUUUAAAAAAAAAAGUCAGGGGUUGUAACUAAGAGAUGAAUAUUUAGGGGAUAAUUUUUUUUCUACGCCAUAUUAGAGUGUAUUACAAAUGUAAUAGAUCAGUUUUUGUCCCAUUCGAAAAUCUCUAUUCGUUUAAGAAAUAUAGCCUGGAUAAAUUAGUCUGGGACACAUAAUUAACAAAACUAAACUGAUAUUUUCUUGGUUAUUUACGAACCGAUUUUAUUUUCAAAAAAUGUGUUGAAUAGACGAUAGAAGACCACAUCCAAAACUAUAAAAAAUAUGCAGGUUGCCAUUAAAAAAAUUAAAGUAAAAAAUUAAAGGGAUUGUAACUAAGGGAUGAAUAUUUAGGGGAUGAUUUUUUUCUACGCCAUAUAAAAGUGUAUCACAAGUAGAAUAGACCACUUUUUGUCCCAUUCGAUAAUCUCUAUUCGUUUAAGAGAUAUAGCGUGGCUAAAUUAGUCUGGGACACCCUGUACAGGUACUUUACUCUUUAACGAAAUUCAUAUUUUUGACAUAACUCGUAUAAAAUUGAUCUUCUUAAAGUGCCUAUCCGAUCCGGAUGUUGGCGAUCAUCAUGGCUAUCUUGACUUUGUUUACCGCAGCGCGGAACAGUUCAGUGGUAGUGGUGAAGCCAGGAAAUGCGUAUAAAAUGUAAAGUAAAUGUAAUGCUAUAAAAUUGAUAAAAUUUGAUAUCUGAUGGUUGCGUUUUAGAUUUUUGACUAUUCAGAGCAUUUUAUCAAGAAUAACUUUUUUUCGUAAAAUUGAUAAUAAAAAAGUUUUCCAUGCGGUUCCUAGCUACGCAGACACACUGUAUAAGAGCUUCUGUAUAAGAAUUUUCAAAUUACAAUGCCAUAUUCGGAUUCAGCAUAAUCAUAAACAAAAUAGAAACAUAUUUGAUCAAAGUAAAAUGAUGAAUUUAACGAUAUUUUUAAAAUAAUUUAAACAAAACAAUUGUUAUUGUUUAAACAAUUAAUAAACAAUUAGCGGCCAAAUCUGCGAGUAGAACUUUUUACUUUAACAUGUAUAUAAACUAACAAAAAAAGUUUUAAAAAAAUAUAAGCUUGUUUGAAUUUUUCCGAAACAAUGCAUGUUUUCGUUCUAAUUGCACUCCCAUAUUAUGCAUAAUUCGAGAUUCCCUCGCUACACACUAUGCACGAUUCCCGAUGCGUGAUUCGUCCAAUUUGUUGUAUGUAGUUCAUAGUAAUUUAAUAAAAAUGUAUUUGUUAUUAAUCGGUAACAAAAAUUUUUUGUAAAAAAUAAUAAUUUAAAUAUAAUGAUUUUUAAUCAAA